AUAUUUAUUUUCUUCUUCCCUAUUCAUUUUAGCAGUAGUUAAAAUGCCGUUUUUAAAGGAACUGGAUACAAAAUCUGAACCUCUUUGGAAGGAAUGGGACGAAAAAGCUAAUAAAUCUGGACUUCUUCAUACAGUCUACUGGGUCAACGGAAAUGAAUAUGCAGGAGAUUGGGUUAAAAACAAGAAAACAGGAAAGGGUACGCAGAAGUGGAAGAACGGGGCUGUAUAUGACGGAGAUUGGAAAGAUGACAAGAUGCAUGGUUUUGGAACGUUGAGCAUCCCAGAUAAAAACGGAGGAUAUAAGCGUCUCUAUGCAGGCGGCUGGAAAAAUGGCAAGCGUCAUGGAUACGGUACCCAAUUUUAUCCUAAUAACGAAACUUUCGAAGGGGAGUGGUAUCAAGACAAACGCUCAGGAUGGGGUAGACAUUACUACGUGGACACAAGCGUUUAUGAAGGUGAAUGGUACGAUGACAUGCGACACGGAAAGGGCAUGCUUAGGCUGCCUAAUGACAACCGCUAUGAGGGGCAGUGGCUGUUUGACAAGAAGAAUGGACCUGGAUCUUUCUAUUAUUUGGACAAAGGACAGCUGUAUGAGGGCGUGUGGAAAGACGACAUCCCCAAGUGCGGCCAGAUGAUUGAUUACGGAAGAGACGUUGCCUCAAAUCCGACACAGUACCCGCUGAGCGAAGUUAAGCUAGCCGACGCGGAAGGAGUUCUCGACGAAGCUACCAAUGCAGUUUUGAAUGAAUUGGAAGACGAAAAUGGUUUAUGAAUCAACCUAGACUAUAGUUUGCUUGUCAGUGAAACUGGAAAAUUAUGUUUGUUAUAAAAAUAAUUGUCAAAAAACAAGCAAAGCCAUAUUUGUGGUGUUUUUUCUUUAAAUAAAUAUGGUUCAUUA